AUCUGGUCAAUCAGCAUUAUUAGUUAAGUUACUCUGUCAGUGAGCGUACGAUUCCACACGUAUGUCGCGAUAAAUAAGAAACAAAACGCCUCGAGAGAAAGUUACGCUAGCUCUUAAGAAAGUGAUUAAAAUAAAGCGCUAUGGCUACAAGCGCGGAGGCAUUUGUGGAUGCUCUCCUGACGAAGGAGGCUGCGGAACAGCCUUCCGACACAGUGAAGCAUGCAGACCUGGUCAUGGAGCUACCAGAGUGGUUCGACGAGAAGAAGUUUAACAGGGGCCGUAGUUUCUACCACGACAACUGCUUCGCGCUGUCCUCCGCCAUGCUGAUGGGGCUGGUGGCGGUGUUCUCGAUUCCGUCCAUCCUGCGCGUGCUCAUGGGCUCGCGCCGCUCCAACUCCGUGUACACGGCGUACAAGCGGUACUUGUCGACGUUGCUGCACACCAUCACCUGGUUCGAGCAUGAACUGAAGCCAGGGAGUUUGUCAUGGCAAUCUCUUUACACGGUGCGGAGUCGACAUCUACGCGCGAGUAUGUCAUCCAAGUUAAAGGGGACAGGACCAGUGUCGCAGAGAGACUUGGCCCUCACGUUGUUCGGCUUCGUUGGCUUUACCACGUUGAAGCCGGACAUGUACGGCGUGCGACAACUCCAGCCAGGGGACUGGGAGGCUUAUAACCAUGUCUGGAAGGUCAUCGGACAUAUGAUCGGGCUUGAGGACAAAUACAACAUCUGUCGGGAUACAUACGACGAGACUCGCGAAGUGUGCAGGCUGCUCCAAGAGCGAGUGUUCACACCGUGUCUAGAGAACGUUCCAGAACAUUUCGAACACAUGGCGCGGGUCAUGUUGGACGGCCUGUGGUCUGUCAACCCGACUGUAGACACUGAAGGGUUCCUAUACUCAUGCCGCGUACUCGCCGACGUGCCCGGAUACAUAUACACCGAGAAAGACCGUGUGGACUUACAAGCUAGGAUCAAGAAACAGCUGAACGGGAGGUCUCUUGAUACUGGUGUGGCCUCAACUGAUUUAAUAUGUCCCGCAGCCAUCGAGGGUCUUCCCAAGCGGCCUCCGCGCCUGCUAUACUACCACGACUAUGACGUCAUAGAGACAGUGCCCGAGUACAAGGCCCUCAGCUUCAGGUCCAAGUACAAGAUCUUCUUCUACAACAUAUACAUGGCCUUAUACUCAUCGUAUUUAGGUCGACUUUACUUUAACCUCAACUUCAAGUUCAGCGUGUACCUUAUGAGGUACUUCCCAUACUUGGCCUUCUUCAGAUUCGGUAUCAAGAAGUCUUUUGUAAAUAUCUUUGAGGAAGAUCCAUCGGACAACACGCAACCGAAGCUUAAUUCUGAGUACUAUAAAGAGUACCAACCAGAGCCGUGGUACAAGGUAGCCUGGAGUAUAAUCUGGUAGUACAUACCUACGUGCGAACUAAGUGUUCUGAUAUAAUAUCAGCCAGUUACGGGAGCAAUAAUUUGAAGUGAUCAUAAACAUUUAUUGACAAUAUUCCGUUCUGACGUAACUUAACGACGAAAUGUUUUAGACAAGUUUUUUAAAUGCAUUUACUCAGUAAGUUGAUUGUUGACAUUUUUCUAUAGAAACUAGAAAUACAAUGAGUGAUACAAAUUAAAAUAAUUUGUAUUAUAAGCUAGAUUAGAAUACCUGCAUUCCAAUAAAAUGAUAUAUAAACAUAUCAAUAUAAUAAUAAUGUUCGUUAUUGUGCAGGGUUUAAUAUAUUUACUUGUAAUAUAGCUUUUGGGUAUUAGUGUUAAAGAUUUACAAGUGACUUGUAAUACAAUUUUGCAAUAAGACUCUUAUCUGACCUCAAUACAAUACUGAAUUAUUUUUGAGAUUAUUUAAUAAAACAACGCACAUGUUGACGUUAUUUAUUUUUAAAACAUAAUGUAUAGUAUUAUUAUAAGUAUAAAUCAGCAACAAUUACAAUGAGAUUGUAAAAAUGCAAAUUAUGUAAUCUUUAGUGUACUAUUGAAAUUAUGGUUUAUUGUAUAACGGUAAAUGCUUUUACAUAAUUCA